AUGUUUACAGUAAAGCAAGCAAGGCUAGUCAUCGCCACGUUGUUCCACUGGGUAAGGCGUCGCGACGUGGACAAGCUCAAUGCUAUCUGUAGCGGUGAUAAAGCGUGGCCCUUGCUCUCCACAUGGGCAACGCCGUUCUUACGAGACCAUCGGGACUCGUUGGAGUGGCGAUACGAACAUAAAGCGAUCGAUGGUCCUCGAGAAGGUACGAUCACAGGAAGGGUGCUCAUCGUAAAGCUGCCCACGCACGAAUUGUUGGCCACACAUGCAGAACGCAUAUAUGGUUUCCUUGCGCGAGUGCUACUCGUGCAGAAUGAUGGGCAAUGGGAUUGCCGAGCGUGGAUGAUCCAUGCACUUGCUGCACUACGAGCCAAUGGGAGCGACUUCAGCACGAUACUGGAUGUCACGAAUGGAUUUCAGGCGGACGGUGAAUUAAAAGCGUCGGGCGACAUGGCCAAGGAUCGCGUUCUGAAGAGGCGACCUAGCUGUGUUAGCGAUAUGCCGCGUAGCGAUAUGAAAGUUGAUCGAAAAUGUGUACCCGUAUUGAAGAUUAUCAAGAUCUAUUGUCGACAUGAAUUUAUCGACUGUAUCGACUUCUUGUUGUAG